AUGUUACCACAAGAAGAUACCGUAAAUGAUGUAUUUUUGGAAUCGAAUGAACCUCAACAACCUGUGAGUUUGUACCUAUUCCUGUGAUUUCAUUGCUAAAAAAUUCAGAACUCUUCAAUUUUUUGUGCGGUCUAUGAUGUUUUUGGCAAGCCUAGUGACAAGCGAGCAACAAAUGAAAGAAGCUGAAGUGCGUAUCAAAAAUAGAAAAGUUAUGUUUCCCUGGUUUUUCGGAGUUCUAACGUUGAUCCAGGUAGAGAGCGUGUUCAAAUAUACUUUAUGGCUUUUAAUCUAUUUGUUUCAGAUUUUAGUGUAUACUCUUAAUGUUUAUGUGUAUCGAUAUAGAUACAUCUGUUAUCGGCUGGAAUAUAUUUCAUCAAAUCUAAAUUUUUUCAUUUAUACACUUGUUCAUACCGAGAAGUUUUCAUUAUUUUUGGUCUCAAUACAACAAAUAUUUUUUGGUAUUCCAUUAGAAGCCGCAUUUGGUUCGGAAUUAAUUGGACUCUCGUUCAUUAUUGGUGCAGUUAUUCUCCGAAUGGUUCCAAAAUUCGGAAUGAAGUGCGGAUCUGAAACUGUCAAUGUUGUUAUACUUUUUAUUCAUUUGUCCAACUUUUCAUUGGUUUGUGAACUUUUCCCAUUUGUCUUUUACGAAAAAGCCAGUGGUUCCAAAAAAGUUGUCGAUAUAUAAUUAAAGUUUUUUAGAACCGAAAAACAAUGCCUUAUAGACGAUUUCAGUCUCCAUUGUUGUUACUGAUUUUGAUUCUUGAUGGCAUAUAUUUUACGAAUGAAAUUGUUAACAUCGGAUUUGCUCUGUUUGAUGUGUUUCUUAAGAACAUGCUUUGUUCAAUGCUUGGAUGUUUUUUUGGAUCUUUUAUUAUCAACAAAAAAGAAGUGAGUUUUUAAAAAAGAAUGAAUAUUUAAAACUAAUUUAAGGAUGACGAAAAAUGGAAAAAGUCAUGGAGGAUUGCAAUUUUUCUGUUCGUUUUUAUCACAUUUGUCGUACUUUGUUAUAGAGAUUUUGACAUACAUUGGUAUUUUCUACCGCCGAACUAA